ACCUGACCAGCAUCGCAGCCCAUCUCCUCUCGCUGCGCUGGGAGAAGUCACCAGAGUGAUCUUUCUGCUUUUCACAGGGCGGCUCCUCUGCACUGCAUGGGAAGUGUCUUCUGCCCCCGGGGCAUGGCCCAAAGGCAGCAGUAACUUGCCCAAAGUCUUGCUUUCAGGAUGCGACUGGGGUUGACUAAAGAAGGCAAGAUGUGGCUGGGAGUCCUGCUGGUACUUCUGCUCUGUUCGAGCCUCGAGGGUCAAGAGAACUCUUUUACCAUCAACAGUGUCCACAUGGUGAUCCUGCCAAAGCAGGAGGUGCAAAACGGGGAGAAUCUGACCCUGCAGUGCAUCGUGGACAUCAGCACCACUUCUCACGUCCGGCCUCAGCACCAGCUGCUGUUCUAUAAGAAUGACGAGCAGUUUUACAACGUCUCCUCCAUGAAGAGCACAGAGAGUUAUUUCAUCCCCCAAGCCCGGGUCUACAAUGCAGGGAUAUACAAAUGCACUGUGAUUCUGAACAACAAGAUGAAAACCACAUCGGAGUACGAAGUGAUGGUGAGAGGAGUGUCCAGUCCCAGAGUGACACUGGACAAGAAGGAGGCGAUAGAGGGCGGAGUCGUGAUCGUCAAUUGUUCUGUCCCCAAUGAAAAGGCCCCAGUACAUUUCAUAGUUGAAAAAGUCGAACUAGACAAAAAAGGUAUCAAGCAAAAAAGAGAAAAAAAUUCUCAGUACCAGAAUUUUGUGACGCUGGACUUCACAGUGGAGGAACAGGACCGUGUGAUCUAUUUCCUCUGUCAAGCCAGCAUCGUUUCUGGGAGGAACGUGGAGACCUCUGCGACCACCAGGAGCGAUCUGGUCACCGUGAGGGAAUCCUUCUCCAAUCCCCAGUUCUAUGUCCACCCCGCGGGGGUGAUCAUCGAAGGAGACCAGCUGCACAUUAAGUGCAUCAUUCAGGUGACGCCCAUGGUCCAGGCAUUUCCAGAAAUCAUCAUCCAGAGGGACAAGACCAUUGUGGGGCACAGCAAGCAGGGCAGUGAGGCCACCUACUCAGUGAUGGCCACAAUGAAGGAGAACGGCAACUACACGUGCAAAGUGGAAACCAGCCAGAUCUCCAAGGUCAGCAGCAUCGUGGUCAACAUCACAGAGCUGUUUCCCAAACCCAAGCUGGAAUCUUCCGCCACACAUCUGGACGAGGGUGACAGCCUGAACCUGUGGUGCUCCGUCCCACAUACAGUCGACUUCGCCAUCCAGAAGGGAGACAUGAAUGUGUCACAGGCUCAAAAUUUCACCAAGAUAGUCUCAAAAUGGGACGGUGGGAACUACACCUGUAUCGCAGGCCUGGGCAAGGUGAUCAAAAAAAGCAACCAAGUCUUGAUAACCGUGUGUGAAAUGCUCUCCAGGCCCAGGAUUUUUUAUGACUCCAAGUCUGAGGUGAUAAAAGGACAGACCAUAGAAGUCCAUUGCCAAUCCAUAAAUGGAACCACGCCUAUUUCUUAUCACCUUUUGAAAGCAAGUAACAUUGUGGAGAAUUACACCGUAGGCUCAAAUGAGCCCGCAGUAUUCAAAGACAACCCCACAGAAGACACCGAAUACCAGUGUCUGGCAGAUAAUUGCCAUUCCUCCUCUGCAAUGAUCAGUGAACCUCUGGUGGUCAAGGUGAUAGCUCCAGUGGUUGAGGUCAAGCUUGCUAUCCUGAAUAAUAAACAAGUGGAGUCUGGGGAUGAUCUUGUGCUUCGAUGCUUUGUGAACAAAGCAUCUGGUCCAAUCACCUACAAGUUUUACAGAGAAGAGGACGUCAGGCCCUUCCACGUAAAAAUCUCGAAUGAAACCCAGGCCAUGUGGUACAAGUCACCGGCUGGCACGGAACAGGGGGGACAGUAUUACUGCACGGCCUCCAACAGAGCCAACCCUGCCAAAAAUAUCCCCCAAAGCAACUUAUUGACUGUCAGAGUCUUUCUUGCCCCAUGGAAGAAAGGAGUUAUUGCAGUGGUUGUCAUCGCAGUGAUAAUUGCCAUCUUGGCAGUUGGGGCCAGAUACUAUUUUUGGAAGAAAGCCAAGGCCAAGCAGAUGCCCGUGGAGAUGUCCAGGCCGGCAGCACCACUUCUGACCUCCAACAAUGAGAAGAUGCCAGGAUCCAGUACCGAAGCCAACAGACCUUACGGUUACGAUGAAGAUAUUGGAAACCAUGAAACAAACGCAGUAAAAGAAAAGAAAGAGCCUCUGACCUUGGACGUGGAGUACACAGAAGUGGAAGUGAACUCCCUUGAGCCUCAUGAAGGUCUGGGAAGGAAAGGCACGGAGACAGUGUACAGUGAGAUCCGGAAAGCUAACCCCGGCCAGAAGCAGCCAUGGUCCCGGGCCCAGCCCGACCCACAGAACCACAGUCGCCAGAAUCUGAACUCUAACAUGUUCCCAGAUGUUUCUGAUGCUGACAACAUUUGAGAAGACAGAUUUCAUGGAAAACAGAUAUUCUAGAACGGAAGGCUCCCUUGAUGGCACUUAGGACUGCGAGAGCGGACACUCAUCCCCGGGAGGACAUCCACAUUCUAAGAAGAGCAGACGAUUCCCGAUUCCAAGAGCUCUGUGCACUUAUUUCUGAACCUGCCCUGCUCCCACUGAACAAAGCAAUCCCUCAGGCCAAGCCACCAGUUCUUAAAGCCAUCUUGCUGCCUUGAUGUUGUGGGUAGAGAGAUACAGCGGGGCUGGCUAAUUUCCCACCCGGCCCACCUCCCCCCCAGUCGGAGCAUCCUGGGGUGUGGAGAGCAGCAGAAGGAGGUUCAGAGUCAGCAGGCCAUUGGAAUAUUUUGAAACUUGAAUAUUUUGUCUUGUACAGAGAUAAAGAACUUUUCCAAGUACCUUCAUACACGGAAACCUGGUUUGUUUUUCUGGUUUAUUUUUUAUUUUUUAUUUUAUUUUUUGUAGUGGAUCACUUCUAGCAAAUGGCCUGGCUUAGGGGCUAGUGUUUCUCUCUUUGUCUUUGGUCCUUCGAAGGCCUGUAGUUCUGGGUAGUCCUUGCUCCUUGGACGUGCAUAGCACUGACCGGACAGCGGCACCCUGUCCCUCUGCAACCUUGCCCGACACAAAUGGGAAAACCACGCCGCUUGGAAGCAACCCCAUUGGUAUGUCAACUUGAAGACAAGGUUCGCCUCGGGCAAUGCACGAAACAGAAAAUGAAGCUGGACAGCACAGAUGUUCUUAAGCUGUUUUUCUGUAUUCUUUCUUUCCCUCUCCCACGCUGAAGGCUGAGCAACAGGAAGAUGGUUGCCUACAGCAAAUAUUAUUUUUAAUAGAAGAAUGAAAUGCAUAUUUUUCUUACUAAUUUUUUUAUUUAUUCCUUGCUAAAGAAAUGGUCUCCUGAGGUCUUACGACGUUUCCAAUGGUGUCUUGAGUGGGUGAGUGAGAGGCUGCAGCCCUCUCCAGUGGAAUUUCACUAGCGAGCACACCAAACUGAGACCGCUCCCUCCAGCUGCCUCAGUGACACAGCUGCAGGCACUCUGGCGGGUGUUGUAUUCAAUAAACUUGAUCUUUAUUCUUCAAA